AUGAUGCAACAAGAAGAGCCGAGUCAAGAACAGCAGGCUUUACCGCUUACAGGCAUGUCUGAAAACCUAGUAAACCCUGACGAUGAGCAGCACGACGACGACCCGGAGGUUCACUGGACCCUCCUCCUCGAGCCUGGCGACGAGGAAGCUUUGAAGCGUUUUCUUACCACCAGCCACCGCUGGUUUUCCAGCAUGUCCUCCCCUCCCUCCCGCGAGGACUUCAAACUGUUCUUAGAAGGAGGGUUCCAGGCCCUCGCUGACCUCGCCACAACUACAUCGACUUCCUCCUCUGGAGGAGGUAAGAAUAUUAACGCGACGAGUGACACCGAAGGAAGCAGUACAGCUGCGCAGCUGCUUUUCCAAAAUCCAGGACCGGGACCAACAUCAUCUGCAGAAGGUGUGGGAGUUGUUGGUGUGCUGGACAGAAGCGCAGCACACCAGCAACAUGAUCCCAGUGUAUUUCUUGGGAGCACAACUACAUCAUCAUCGGGCACCAGCUCAACAUCUUCAUACAAGGCGCAGUUGCUCCACUUGUUGCAAAAACAGGCCAGAGAGGUGCUGGAGCUGGAGCUUCACGAAGACAGCUGGCAGAACACAACCUUAGAGGAUUUCCUCGAUGCUGCAACCGACGUUUCCGGGUUCCGGUCUGGGAACUAUGAGCAGUCUUGGAAAUUCUUGUUGGACUUCUUUCAGGAAGGACAGACGGCGGAGUGAUAAAGAGAUCAGUUCUUGGAAUGCCUUUUGGCUUUGUGUCUUCAACAAAAAAAACACAUCAACCCAUACGUAUAAAAAUUCUACUUAAGUACCUCGGUUAUGUAAAGAUGAGAAAUCACCACGGCCCGUAUAACAAGUCAACAUCGGGCAGCGUUUUGGUCAUCAUGAAAAAUGGUGACCCGUGAUCGCCAUGAGCAAAAGCUAUUUGAGACUAAGUACGCUAACGCUCCUACCAGCGAAAAUUGUUUUUGUCUGUGACGGAAACACAAAGUGAAACGGCCAUCACCUUCUAGAUAUGCCGUAGCAAAGAGACUGUUGGCACGUGAAAUUCCCUUUCCGCGAUCUAU